GAUUGGCUGGGGGUGGGGGAGAGACCCCCGAAAGGUGCCGGAAUGGAGGGGGCAGCCCUGAGCCCGCACCCGCUGGGGAUGCCCCUGGACCCCUCGACCCGUGUUUUUUGCAGCCGGCGGUGUCACGAGUUGCACGGGUCUCAGCCUCAAAACCCCUUUGAGGCACAUCCUUAUGGCUAACCUCUCCCCUUCCCCCCCACCACGAGAUGCUGCCACCCCCAGGGUGCAGGGACCCCAGCUUGGGGUCAGGAUUUGGGUACCUGUGGAUCUUGCUUGGGUUUCAUUUGGGCCACAUGCAUCUUAUUUGGGGUCAGGGUGCGGGGACCCCUCACAUCACAGUUGGGAUCAGGACGUGGGUACCUGUGUCAUGCUUGGGACAUGGGACUCUGCACAGAGCUUAGGGGCAGAGGGUGAGAACCCUGUUAUAGUGAUGUGGUGAUGAGUUUGGGACAUGGGGACUUUGCACUGGGGGCAGGGUCUGGAUUUGGGGACACCUGCACAACACUCCUGCAUCCCAACCCUUGCACUGAGGCUGGGCCACUGGGAGCCUCACAUGGUGCUUGGGGUGAGGUCGGGGUUGGGAUCCAGAAACCUUGUAUUGCGGUAAAGAUCUGGGAACCUCUGUGAUGGGGUUAGGAUUUGGGAACAUCUGCAUCGGGGUGAGGAUUUGGGGACCUCUGCACUGGGGUAAGGAUUUAGGAAGCUGCUGCCAUGAAGAAGAAGAUGACAGCCAACGGAAGGGGGCCGGAUCCGGCACCACCACCCCCUCGCACCCGGGGCAUCGCCAAGCCAGCAGAGUACGUGGGUUCCUUCAUGCUGGAGGCGCUGGAGCUGCAGCAGCACGCAGGGCAGCUGGAGGAGCAGCUGCGGGCACUGAAGGAUUGCCCCAGGAGGAAGUCUGUGGUGCUCAGGUUCAGCCUGCAGGGACUGAAGGUCUACGGAGCUGAUGGGGAGACACUGCUGAUGGCGCACGCGCUGCGCCGCAUCCUGUACAGCACCUGCCUGCACACUGAGCGUCAGUUCGCCUUCGUGGCCCGCAACCCCCGCAGCCCCCCCAGCUCACUGUUCUGCCACCUCUUUGUGGGCCCCCCAGGCGAGGUGCACGUGCUGCACCUCCUGCUGUGCCGCUCCUUCCAGCUCUGUUACCUCCAGGCACACCCUGAGCUGCAGGCGGCUGAGCCCGACCCCCCACUGCUGCGGGAGCCCCUCAACCCCGAGGAGGUGUCACGCAACGUCAAUGCGCUGCUGUCCCUGCGGCGCCUGCCUGCCCUCGGACCUCUGGGUGCAGGGCACGUUUUUGCACAGCAUUUGCUUCAAGAGAGACGGGUGGAGGCUGAGGGCCGCGCUGUGGGUUGGCAUCCAGGGAACCCCUAUUGCUCCCCAGUGCUGGUGCGCAAAAAGGCGAUCCGCAGCAAAGUGCUGCGUUCGGGUGCCUACCGAGACUGCGGGGCUGAGAGCCAACUGCAGCAGAGAGAGGGUGCCCCAUCGGGAUGGGAGAGCAGAAGCGCGCGGGGCCUGGCGCUGCUCCCUGACACCGAGGCCGCCCUCGCCGAGAGCGUGUGGGCCUUCGCCGACCAUAACAAACAUCAGUUCAGAUGGGAUCAGGAGCGCCGUCACACAGGAACAAAACACUUUUUGGCUGUAGGGAAGAAGGUGGAGUUGUUGAAUGUUGGACCGAGGAGAUCUCAGCCGGGCCAGAGGAGGGAGCCCAGGAAGAUUAUCACGGUGUGUGUGAAGGAGGAUGUCCACCUGAAGAAGGCAGAGAAUGCCUGGAAGCCGAGCCUGAAGCGGGAGAACCAAACUGAGGACCCCGAAAAUGUCAAAACCCAGGUGAGAACGUAG